CACCUUUACCAGGGCAAUAAUAAUUUGACUUAACCCAACCUCAAAUUUGGUCAAAAGCUUCUAAUGUAAUCUAAAGAUUACAUGUAAUGUUUUACAAAAAACAUCGAUGUCUGCAAUGUACAUCCAAACAUCGAUGCUUCUCCAGAUCCACUUUUACAACACUUUUUUUCAAGUUUUUGAAGCGAACAGGUUAAGCGUGGAUUUAAAACCAAACAAAAUGUGCGACUACCAACGCGAAUACUCUUUUGUUCUGGACGACAGCGCCUUUGAAGCCGAUGUCUCGAUGGCGAGUUUUGACAAUGGUUUUGAGAACAUGUGGGUGCAAGUCGCCGAGGAGCUGCGGCGCGAGAGGGAAAUGAACGAGCUGGACCAACUUUUCCAACAAAAGUUGAGUUUGAGUCCGCAAGCCCAUGGAGAUCAAUGGAUGUUUUAAAAGAUAUACCAGAUGUCGACGAUUGUGAUAUUUUUUAUAAGCUUACCAGAUCAUUUACCAGAAAAAUGACCUUCGCUGGGGCAUUUUCGAUAAGUGCCCGGAGCAUUUGUAGUCCAUUGCAGUCCAUUAUAGGUUUUUGUAUACAUCGUUCUUUAUACCGCGUUCUUUGAAGUUUAAAUUUUCGUUACCGCGCAACUAUUUGUAAAUUGUAUUCAUUUGUUAAAUAUUACGCGUUUUUUUUGUUAAUUUAUCAACAAAUCGAUUUAUACCGAACCUAUGUUGGUCUUCUAUGGCCCCUCACUGUAGCAAUCUGAAACAAGGCAAUGGUUUGCCAUCGAUUCACAUUUUUUUUUUAUUUGUAAACAACUUCGUCCCUAGAAGAUCACAUAUUGUAUAUAAAAGCUGGAAGGAAGUAUCGAUCCUUACCAAACAUGAUUUGAUAAUAUUAUGAAA